ACUUCAUCAUAAUACAGCUACUAAAAUGAAACCAAAAUACCCAUAAUCGUAACUACUGGCAUUGUGAAAUUUGCAAAGUAGCCUAAGCCAACACGAACAUUACUAAGAAAAAUCAUUUUUGAUGACCGCUUUUUAUGUGUGCCGUAUUAGACACUCGUACAAACUUUUAGAAAAUGUGUUGGUCGUUUCUUCAAGAGGUCUUGGUGCAGAAAGCUAUGAGCUGUUUGAUAUGCCUAAUUCAUCACCCGAUCAGCUCGCUUUUGCCUAAUUAAUCACAGAACACAUGACUAAAGCCUCAAAAACCGGCUCACCGGAAGUGGCAGCAUUAUUAACCGGCCGCAAUCCAUUUUUAUACUCUAAUCCCAGCGAUGUAUUCAAAGACGUUUUUGAUAACAGCGACAGGAUACUCCGUAAAGAAGACGACGAAGAAGCGGAAACCCAGAGAAAUUUUCAAGAAAAAUCCAGUUAUGGCCGACUAAGAUCGAUGCUAAAGCAGAACAUUGGUGUCGUCAAACCGGAAAACGGUAUUUGGAAAUGGGACAAAAAACUGGGCCUGCUUUUUGUACCAACACACAAGGAAUAUGCAGAUGCUCGCAAUGAAACUUUCAAAUUAACACGGCACGACAGCACGUUGAAGAUUACCGGCAAACUGCACUACAAGCGAAAUCGUGAGGCUAACGACAAAGUUGUUGAAGGAUUCGCCAGGUUAGUCGAUCCUAAAGACGACAACGAAGAGGUCAUCCUCGGCGAAGAUCGACAAGUGCAGCUACGGGAUAUCAAACGUGGAGCGAUUCAUUUGAAUAAAUACUCUCUUCAGGAUAGAAUUCCGGAUAAUGUCACCCGAUAUUACGAUACAUUUUUCUGUGCCCGAGGUGUACGAUCGCUUAUGCAGCACGAAAUAUAUGAUGAAUUCCUGAUAUCGCUAAUUCACUACAUGCACUUCUACCUGCUGGGAAUAACCGAAAAAUAUUUUCGGUUGGGAAUAAAAAAUGGACGCCUCCAAAGAAUGCCAGGGCAGUUAGAAAUACCUCUUUCUAAAAAGCGAGAACGCCGCAGAAAAACAUUUCGUUUUGAAGUGCAAAAUGCGCUUAUGGAGCUGGCUAAAAAAUACGUGACCUUGCUGUAUAAAUUAAUGGAUACGGACAAGGCAGCAGGAAGCAUUCGGUGCAAAUACUUUUCGGUUGUUCCCGAGAGAUUCUUUUUUGAGAGCUUGCUCAAUGUAAGCUGUGUGGCGGUAUGUGUGGCCUUCCUUCAGCGUUCCAACCGGCUUAUCCGAACCGAAUUUGGAAGACUUUUCCGGCGCGAAGCCUUCAACACUGACUCUCUUGAACGGCGUAUUGAGUGUGUCGAGUACGAGACCUAUGCGGAGCGGGCACUACGUGUGUUUGAGCAUUCGCGGCAUGAGAAAGCACAGAAACAGCUGGCCGACAAGCUGAAACCCCGUUUGUCGCCCAUGUCAGAACGAGCCCGGUUCACUGAUCCGCUGGCUAAGCCGGAAAUCAUUAACUGGAACGUCAAGAUUGUGGAUAAGCCAAAAAUUUGGACACUCAAGAAGAAGAUGCCGUUUUAUGUCAGAAUGGCGUCCGUGCCGGACAAGACAGAUUACGUCUGCGGAAAGCAUCGCGUUGCUGUUGAACAGCGUCAGAACACACCGUUAAUUGAAUUGAUACUGGGACAAGACAAUCAGGAUGUGCGGGACAGUCUCCUGCACACCGUGCCGGAACUAGCUGAUCAGUCCUUAUUAGCCAAAAUGCGCCCAUUACGCCACGAUACCCCGCGGCUGCCACUGCGCUGGCUAACACCGUAUCACAAGACGCUGGGCAUUAUGGGAAAACCAUUACGCUAUUUCGAUUACUGGACGCUACUGCCGGCGAUGAACAAUGAGAAAAAAUUGACACUUCCGGGCUUGACACGGGAUGCACGGUAUCGGGCGUUCAAGACCAUACGCCUGCUAUUUCCCCAAAGAUUACACCAGGCGACAGUGCGGAGAAAGCAUUCAGCCUCACAAGGACAUGUCAAGGAACGCGGCAAAGAUUUUCCUGUUGACGACGGACAAUUAAGCGUCGCGCGCAGCACGAAAUCAUUCCCGCCUAAUAAGAUGCCUGUCAAAAUGCACUAAAGCUAUGAUUGUGUCGUACGGAUAAUGAUAAAAGCGGCAACCAGUUGUUAAUUUUUUUUCAUUGCAUUCACAGUACAUGAAAUGCUACAAAGUG